AUGCAGAAUUAUGAGGAGUCUGUGUCUUUCUUGAGAACCUGGGGUCCUUUUCAGAGGAAAAUCUUUGUUGUUCUUUGCCUCGCCUGUGUUCCGUGUGGAUACAACAUCCUGUCCGUCAUUUUCCUGCUGGCCAGCCCCCCACACCACUGUGAUAUCCCUGACCACAGCAACCUGAGCCAGGAGUGGAUCCAUGCCAGCAUCCCAGUAAAGCAGGUGGCUGGGCAGCUGACGAGAAGCAGCUGCAGCCGGUAUGAGCUGGACCUGGUUAGGAACCUGUCUACAAUGGGAGCCAGUCCAAAUUGGAUGCAGAACCAGUCUGCGCAGCAGGGAUUAAGGCCAGAGGUCCUAUCCAACCUGAGGCAGGAGGACUGUAAAGAUGGAUGGACGCACAGUACUGAGUACUUCCAGUCUACUGUGGUCACUGAGACCUGGAGACACCUGUCACUCACCAUGUCUUUACCUGGCUUGGCUUGUAUCCCCCUCUGGUGGCUGGUUCCAGAGUCUCCUCGCUGGCUGCUGUCUCAUGGCCACUUGCCAGAGGCCGAGCUUCUGCUGCGGUCAGCAGCGCUGGAGAACCAAGUGGAGGCACCAACAGUCAUUUUCCUCCCCCCCAAAGCUGAAAGAGCUGGAAGCCAGAAGGCAGAGUCUGUCAGCUUCCUAGGGUUGCUGAAGACUGCAAACAUUCGUCGUGUAACCAUGAAACUGUGGCUUAUUUGGUUUUCUAUGAGCAUCUGCUACUUUGGCCUGUCCUUCAGUAUGUCCACUUUGUAUGGCAACCCCUUCCUGAACUACUUUCUUCUCACAGCUGUGGAGCUCCCAGCAUUCUUUGCCAGCUGGCUGGCUGCACGCAGCUUUCCUCGUCGUCUUUCCUUUAUCAGCUUCUCUCUGCUGGGGGCACUGGCACUGCUCUUCAUCCAGGUUACCAUGCAUAGUCAUCCAGAUCUUACCAUGUUCCUGGUGCUGUUGGGUAAAUUUGGUGUUCUGGCUGGAAAUGGGCUGGUGUACACCUACACUGGAGAGCUGUUUCCCACAGUCAUCAGAAAUACAGCAAUGUCCUCCUGUGCCAUGUUCUCCAAAGUGGGAUCCUCUGUGUCGCCAUAUCUGCUGGAGAUGGCUGGGUUCAAUGAACUCCUGCCAUGGAUAAUUGUGGGUGUUUUGUCACUUCUCAACAUCUUUCUCUGCAUCUUCCUGCCAGAAACGUUCAGACAGCCACUGCCGGAUACCAUCGAGCAGAUGCCGGUAACACAGUGGUUUACGUGACCCUGGUCCUUCAAAGCUGCUCUGAAAAGAAAAUUCACUAAGAAACAGUCUACAUCACUUGAGCUCAUCUGCACAACUCGUUUAUAAGGCACCUGAUUUAAAAAUCUGUCGAUCAAAACUGUCAGCUGAAGAUACAUGAAAACUAGAGACAGUUCUGCCUUACUUCUCUGCAACGUUCUAAAUAUUUUAAGGAAUACCUGCCUUCCUAUGAAAAGACUUGUUUUCCAGGAAGGUUUGUGGAUGUUUGUUCUUUGGAGAAUAAUUUACCUUUUGAUAGAGAAACACUUGGCCUCCCUACCUGGGAUUUUAAUGGAUUUUAAAACUUUGUGUUAAAAACUAUAUUAAAGAAAACUGAUUCAAGCAGCAGGUUCUGCAGUUCAUUUGAGUGGCUGCAGUCUGAAAUACAGAUUACUAUAAGCUCUCUGACAUUCAACUUAGAAGGAAACCACUGUUAUCACUUUGAGUAUCAGUAUGUUAUUUUAUUUCAGAAACGUUCCAUAGUGAUCUGAGAAAUUUUUAGUGAUACAUAACAUCUCCUUCUGAAUUGCUCCAUGCUGCAGGCACAGAGUGUUUUGGGACUCUGUGGGAACAAACUAAAAUCAAAUUGGCCAAAGAGAGAGGAAAAAUUAAAGCACACUGCAGUCUGUUGCGCCAAAAACCUAUUGUAGUGAGUUUCCCUGGUGGUGGACUAAAAUACUGCAACUGAGGUGAGGACCAUGACAUAAAUAGAAAUGAAACCAAAAGAAAACUAUGAAGUAAUCUGAGGAUGGUUUUCUGACAUUACAAAUUAGAUCUGAAUAUACUCUAAAUUGAAUCUUAAAAUAGUUUUGAAAAUGACUGGUGUUUUAGCAGCAGUGCAACACAUACUUUCUGUUUUGUUAAACUGCACAUGAACUUGAACUAUAAGUGUAUACAGUUUCUGAUUUUAUUUGUGCAAUGAAGACAAAUAUAAAGUUGUGCAUAUGCCAUUUAUACACCUUACUUCCUUAAAUGCUUGAUGUUACUUAAAUCAAACGUCAGUCAUUUGGGCAUGGUGUUUUCACUGUUCAAUAAAUGUACUUGCAUCAUA